UUCAGCUAGUGAUCGAAGUUCUGCUUACUGUUGCCAACAGGAUAUUACUCAUAACAGAACACAACACACGGCAGUUUUAAAGUCCUUGAAAUAGCAAAAAUAGAAACAGCAAUGUGAUUCUUUUAGACAGUGACAAUAUUUCAACGUGGGAAGACGCUAAAUGUUGAUAAAAUAAAUGAAUCUUCCGGAGUGAAGAAGCUUCGACAACAAACCGACAUUAUUCGACAUGGUAUUUAUUACAAUAAAGGAUCUGUUAACUAAACUUUUUAAAAAACUAUUUCACACAGUAAAAAUGUGAUAAACUAACUGUGCCUGUAUUGACAAUGAGCUGAUAUUCCAUGAUUUAGACACAAUGAACAGGACAAAUUAUGACAAAUUAUCUGAGUGGAAUAAUGAACUUUUGCAACAUUAUAUAAUAAAUGAUGUCAUUCUUGGAAUUUAUCUUAUACUCGGAACAUCUGGAAACGCCAUUGUCGUACUUGUUUAUGCUUUUCGAAUGAAUAAGAAAAAGGAUGACAGAUAUUUCAUCCCCUUUUUGGCAGUUGUUGACCUAUUAGCAUGUGUGUGUAGAUCGUCGUUGGAGUUGGCCAUGAACUUUAACCCCGUACGGUUUCAAGGAAGCGUAUUAUGUAAAGCUGUGUGGUUUCCUACAAACGUAACUGCCAUAGCUUCGAUUUUCCUUCUGUUAGUGAUAGCGAUUCAAAGGUACUUGAAAGUAUGUCGUCCAUUUGGGCUACAAAUGACGCUUACUUGUAAAAGAUUUUCGUUAAUUGUGUGUAUAAUCGUUGCUGUCUCCGUCUCCGCACCAUUAAUAGUCUUUAAUGAUGAAAUUGAAGUUAUAAAUCCAGAAACUAACGUCACUGGAUAUGUAUGUGAUACGGAUGUUAAAUCUCACUAUGGUCAAGGAUUUUUGGCAUACAUAAUUUUCGCAUCUGCAUGCUCUUUGGUUUUGAUGGUGGCUUUAACUAUUCUAAAUAUCUGCAUCGGACGGACAAUCUUUAAACAAUUUAGAGCUAAGCACCGUAGAAAAAGUAAUAAUGUUAUUAGUAGACAUAAAGUUAGUGUAUGUGCUCAAUCUGAUUUAUUGAACGUGGACCAAGACGUGAGUAUAUCAGACACAGAAACAAGUUUUCAACCACAAAAGAAUUCCUCACUAGGUGCUCAAAAUAACAGUCAAACACAAAUUAAUUCCAGUAGCGAAAGCGAAACCCAGAACAGAUCUACCAUGUCAUUUUCACACCGUUACUCAAUUAUGUUCAUGGCCAUUGGCGUUGCUUUCAUUAUUUCGUACUCUCCCCGUUUGAUCUUGUUGUUUAUUACAUUGCAUGACCCGAAAUUCUUUGGAAAAAUAUCACAAACCAAUCUGACAAUCUUGUCCGUUAUCCGGGAAAUGAAUGUUGUGAACAAUGUGGUAAAUCCUUUUAUAUAUGGAUUCUUCGAUCAUACAUUCCGUAAAGAAACAAGAAAGAUAUGCUUCAGGGUGAAUUAGGUUAAUAUUGUUUUUAUCUAUUAUAUAAUUGACAAUCAAAUAUGAUCACGUAUACAGUGAAUUAGAAACUGGUGCAAUAUUUUACAUGUAACUAUGAAAUAUUUUAUGUACACA